GAAGCCGUCGUUACGAUCUUCCGAACCUCAUCUUUUAUGGCCAUUUAUUAUUUAAUAUUUGAUUCAUUGCGACGGACUGAAUCAAAACUACCCGAUGUAUAAUUGCUCGGAUUCUGAGAAGCUUUGCCACUAUGGAUCAAAUCCACAGAAAAUUCUUCAAACUUUUGCACAGUAAUAAAAAAGGAUGAAAAGGCUGAAUAUUAAAAAAAGAAAACGAAUUUGCGGUGCACGUGUGCGACUGUGAGUACUCUGCUGGCAUAGGUGGACCUAACAUAAAAAGCUGCAACGAGGAGUGAGGUUUAUGUUAAGGUGGCAAUAUAUGGUUAAUUGGACGCUCCCUCCUUCACAGGUUACAACCCUCCAAAGCUGAUUGCAUUACCUUUCAUCCCCACCGACCCAAUCAAUGCAUCAACACUCACUUUGGUGGUUUCUGUUCUAGCUUCAUCAAAAUAUCAUACUGCAUACGACACCUGACGUUAUCCUCAUCAAAAAGCAUAGACGCAAAGUCUAACACUGACAUGAUAGCUCAAACUUACUAAUAAAUGUCUCAUUGUGAAUACUAUGUCUAUUGUUACAUUACAUAAGCCAUGUUGUUCCAUGCACGUAUUGAAGCAAUUUCAUCAACUUUGAUAACGAAUAAGUAAGUUAAAUUUAACAUCUUGUUAAUGAAAUACGAACGAUGUAACAUAUUAGUCGAAAAAUGGAUGCACCGACCCAUUUCAUCAUCUGUAUAUUAGGCCGUCUGUAUCUCAUUAGAUGUUAAUUUCUUAAUUAUUACUUUUCCGUUAAAGAGGAAAAAAGGUACGUCAUGAGAGAGGGAUUUAGGUCCAACGUCUUUCACGGGAGGGUCCGUUGGUCAAAAUCUUGGGCGUUUAAAGGUAUAAACUUUGUUAGAAUCUUACUCGAAAAGCCGGUUGGCAAUGAAGAUGCGAAAGUUGAAAUGACUUCAUCAAAGUAAACCGAAAUAUAAUCAGCGUGUUCAGUACUAGUUCAAGCUGUACGUUAAACUUCCCGAUACAGCUUUUCUCUCUCAAGUCUGGUACUCUGCUCUGGCGUGCCACCAUGAAAAGCGAACCAAACGACGGUUGACGCCAUACCUUCUCCCAUUCUCAAGCUAUAUGAACUUCAUUAUCUUUUAUCAGUUACAGCUGUCAGCCCUAAGGAAAACACUACCUCCUCUGAUUUGAUCCCCAAAAUGAAAAUACUACAAACGGGAGAGGCCCGAGAUGUCCAAGACGGAAGCUCCGGUAGCCGGACGGUGGUGGUAGCAAUGAAGUUGGACUCGGCCAGCAAGGAGCUGCUCACAUGGGCUUUGGUCAAAGUCGCUCAGCCUGGUGAUGUUGUGGUGGCUCUUAAUGUUCUUGGCAACAAUCAAAUCGUCGAUCGAGAUGGGAAAUUGUCCCUUCUUUCUCUUGUCAACGCAUUCGACUCUGUUCUUGCUGUUUAUGAAGGUUUCUGCAAUUUAAAACAGGUGGAUCUCAAGCUCAAAGUUUGCAGAGGUCCAUUAGUCCGUAAAAUAUUAGUCCGGGAAGCAAAUGCUUAUUCUGCAACUCAUCUUAUAGUAGGAAUAGCCCAUACCCUCCAUACAAUUCGGCCGACCACCUCCGUAGCUAAGUACUGUGCCAGAAAGUUAUCCAGGAACUGCUGUGUUCUGGCUGUUAAUAAUGGGAAAGUAGUGUUCAAGAGUAAUGGCUCCCCAGCAACUCCUUCUCACUUUAAAGGAAUUGAUCGUCGGAGCAAAAUUGGUUUGCUUGAAACCAUUCACCGGACAUUCAAUAAGAGUUCUAAAGUACUAAAUGACGACACUACAGAAAAUAAGCAUGGUAAAUCUUUUCUGGGGUCUAAAGAAUCUUUGAUUAAGAAACCAAGCUGCCCAAUAAGUGGCUCAAUUUCAGCACUGCCAAGCAUAUCCUGCCACCAUUCUGCUUCAGGUGAUGCUUUGGAUGUAGUGCCUGUACAUACAACUGAAGCAGCAUCAAGUACAGCAACCACCUUGUCUGACAGAGAACUACCUGAGCUGAAACCUGGUUGGCCAUUGUUACAACGGACAGUUUUAUCAGAUAGAGAGUCCCAUGAUAUAUCGUCGAUGCGCCAGAUAUCUGUGGUCCAGUGGGCAAUGCAGCUGCCUUGUAGGAAUCUUUCAUAUGACACAACAGAUCAUGAUCAUAAACAAACUAUAGCCUUAGAUGGCAGAAGCGGUGCUAUUGUUCCAGUUGAUGUUGUAAUAAGGACUGAUUCUUCUUCACCAGGCCGCAAUUCAAAAAGCAUUCCUAAAGAAUUAGAGGAUCUACACGAGAAAUACUCAUCCAUGUGCAGAUUGUUUCAAUAUCAAGAACUUGUACGGGCAACUUCAAAUUUCUCGCCAGAAAAUUUGAUUGGAAAAGGAGGAAGUAGUCAGGUGUAUAGAGGUUGCCUUCCUGAUGGCAAGGAGCUUGCCGUUAAGAUUUUAAAGCCUUCUGAUGAUGUUUUGAAAGAGUUUCUAUUGGAAAUAGAAAUUGUCACUACCUUGCACCAUAAAAACAUUAUUUCCCUCUUGGGUUUCUGCUUUGAGGAUGGCAAUCUUCUUUUGGUCUAUGAUUUUUUGUCUAGAGGAAGCCUUGAAGACAAUCUUUAUGGGAAUAAGAAAAAUCCACUCGUUUUUGGCUGGACCGAGAGAUAUAAGGUGGCAGUGGGUGUUGCUGAGGCUCUGGAUUAUCUGCAUAACAAUGGUGCUCAAUCUGUGAUCCACAGAGAUGUGAAGUCAUCAAAUGUAUUAUUAUCUGAGGACUUUGAGCCCCAGCUCUCUGAUUUUGGUCUUGCUAAAUGGGCGUCAACCUCAUCUUCACAUAUAACCUGCACAGUCGUUGCUGGAACUUUUGGUUACUUGGCUCCAGAGUACUUCAUGUAUGGCAAAGUCAAUGCUAAGAUUGAUGUCUACGCAUUCGGUGUUGUCGUCCUUGAGCUUCUUUCUGGAAGAAAACCCAUAGGUGGAGAUUACCCUAAAGGUCAAGAGAGCCUCGUUAUGUGGGCAAGUCCAAUUCUUAAUAAUGGAAAGGUGUCACAGCUGUUAGAUCCAGGUUUGGGCGAUAACUAUGAUAAUGAGCGGAUAGAGAGGAUGGUGUUGGCAGCCAAACUUUGUAUAAGACGUGAUCCAAGAGCUAGGCCUCCUAUGAGCCUUAUUUCGAAGCUUCUUCAAGGGCAUGCUGAUGUGGUCAAAUGGGCAAGAUUAGAAGCUAAUGCUUUGGAGAAACCAGGCAUGCUCAACGAUGAAGCUUGCGCGCCUUCUAAUCUGCAGUCGCAUCUCAAUACUGCACUGCUUGACGUGGACGAUGACUCAAUCUCGAUGGGCAGUGUUGAGCAGAAUGUGUCCUUGGAAGACUACUUAAGAGGUCGAUGGAGCCGCUCAUCCAGCUUUGACUGAUAAAAAAAUUGCUUGCUUGAAUUCUCUUUAUUUUAUUUUCUUUUUUUUAAUCUAAUUUUUUUUUUUGGGUUACCUCUUGCAUAAGCUUGAUUCCCCCCCCCCCUUCUGGGCUUAGGAUGAGAGGUUGUUUAUAGGUGCCCUCCUCCCCGCCUUGAAUAGUCUGGAAAUUAAGCCUUGUGAUUUCAUGGGAUAGUUUCUUUCUGUUGAUUUGAUUCUAUUUGAAAUGUACGCAAAUUUAAUUGUAAUCUUAUCAUAGCGGUGAGGGAUGAAUGAGUUUGUAUAUAAGUGUUCGUGUGAAGUCCAAUAAAAGUAAGUGAUUUCAAUUUCUUCGA